CAUUUCUCUAAAUGAAAUGCUCUUUUAAAUAAACAGUUUAUAUAUUAAGAAUAGUGAAAGAUUUCUCUCGAUAAGAAGUGGGAAGCUAGAAAGAAAAAUGGGAGACGGGUUUUUAUGGGGCAGGCACCAUCUGUGGAUUAUACGAAAAGGUAACACACACCAAAAAGAUAACACAAUUAUUUGUUUCGUUAAAGUUUUGAAAUUGACAAUAUUGUAUAAUGUUUUAACAAAAAAGUGUUUAGUAUAUAGGUCUUUACAAAAGAAAUUAAAAGAAACACAUUCGAAAACUUUCAUCUAUUAUCUUUGGAUCGGAUCCAUGAAAUAGAAACCUAAAGGAAUCAACGUUAUAGCUAGGACCGUUUUAACUGCAUGUAAAGAGACAUACAGAGGUUCCUAUGUUUCCACAUCUUUGAUGGAAGUUUUCCAAUAAAAGCACACAAAAUGUGGUCUCUAGUCUAUACCUUAAUUUAGCUUAUAUUCUUUCCUCCAAAAAUGAUAUUGACCAACGACUUGAACUCCUUGACUUAUGUAAUUUUUGGUCAACACUAUUACUACAAAUUGACCCACGUACAUACUAAAAGAAAUACACAACAUAAUUACAAUAUUUUAAUGUUGACAAGAUAAAAAGAACUUUAUGUUAAUAAUACGAUGUUAGAAAACGUAUUAAACUAAUAACAUAGACCUAUGAUGAUCUCCCACCCCUAAGUUUGUUUAUUUAGGGAAUAUCGUACCACAGAAAAUCACUUGGAAUUGGAUAACACUAGUUUUUAGGUUUUUCUUUAACUUUUGUUUUCCUUUAUUUAUUUUUUAUUUUAAGAAAAAAAAAAUGAAGAAGAGAGGGCUAUAUAUAGCAGAGCCAUUCCCGCCGUGUCAGUCAUGCAGUAAUCUGAUAAAACCCUCCACAGAGAUUUCCAACAAAACAGGAACUAAAACACAAGAUGAAGAUUAUGAUGAUGAUUAAGCUCUGCUUCUUCUCCAUGUCCCUCAUCUGCAUUGCACCUGCAGAUGCUCAGACAGAAGGAGUAGUGUUUGGAUAUAAAGGCAAAAAUGGACCAAACCAAUGGGGACACUUAAACCCUCACUUCACCACAUGCGCGGUCGGUAAAUUGCAAUCUCCAAUUGAUAUUCAAAGGAGGCAAAUAUUUUACAACCACAAAUUGAAUUCAAUACACCGUGAAUACUACUUCACAAACGCAACACUAGUGAACCACGUCUGUAAUGUUGCCAUGUUCUUCGGGGAGGGAGCAGGAGAUGUGAUAAUAGAAAACAAGAACUAUACCUUACUGCAAAUGCAUUGGCACACUCCUUCUGAACAUCACCUCCAUGGAGUCCAAUAUGCAGCUGAGCUGCACAUGGUACACCAAGCAAAAGAUGGAAGCUUUGCUGUGGUGGCAAGUCUCUUCAAAAUCGGCACUGAAGAGCCUUUCCUCUCUCAGAUGAAGGAGAAAUUGGUGAAGCUAAAGGAAGAGAGACUCAAAGGGAACCACACAGCACAAGUGGAAGUAGGAAGAAUCGACACAAGACACAUUGAACGUAAGACUCGAAAGUACUACAGAUACAUUGGUUCACUCACUACUCCUCCUUGCUCCGAGAACGUUUCUUGGACCAUCCUUGGCAAGGUGAGGUCAAUGUCAAAGGAACAAGUAGAACUACUCAGAUCUCCAUUGGACACUUCUUUCAAGAACAAUUCAAGACCGUGUCAACCCCUCAACGGCCGGAGAGUUGAGAUGUUCCACGACCACGAGCGUGUCGAUAAAAAAGAAACCGGUAACAAAAAGAAAAAACCCAAUUAAAAUAGUUUUACAUUGUCUAUUGGUUUGUUUAGAACCCUAAUUAGCUUUGUAAAACUAAUAAUCUCUUAUGUAGUACUGUGUUGUUGUUUACGACUUGAUAUACGAUUUCCAAAUUUACUAUGUGGUGUUGUGAGAUAUGUUCUACAUUGAGACAACGUGAAUAACUAAUAUCAUAUUUAGUAUAAUAAGAAGUUAAGAACAAAUGAAUUAGAUGUCG